AAGCACCUUGAACCACCGCGGACAAAUUGCAACCAGUCGCUGCCGGAUCUGCGCUGGAAUCCAUUUCUGUAUCACUACAGCAUAGUAUACAAAGAGCGUGCGAGCCACUUCCAUCACAAUGGUCAACGUUUUCAAGCGGAUGCGGAAGCUGAAAACUCAGCUUCUCAACGUCCGCGUUGGAACCGGCGCCGCCGUCUUCCCCGCGGCCCCCUCGGCGACUCAGGAAUUCCCCGCGAUCACCCGGCUGCACCUGACCUACGCCCGCAAGAUCUACGGCGGCCACCAGGGCGCGCGGCAUUUCUGGCGCAACUGCCUCCCGCGGCUCAAGUACCACAACCCGGGCAUCCCGAUGACCGUCCGCCAGACGGAGGACCAGGACGGGCCCGCCGCCCUGAGCGUCUACUUCGCCCAGCAGACCAGCCCGAUCGCCGCCUCGCUCGCCGCCGAAGACCUCAAGGAUGCCCACGCCCCGGCGCCCGCCGCCCACGAGCAGGUCGCCGUCCUCGACGUCCGCAACCUCCCCUACACCGAGAUCUGGAACAAGGUCAAGAACAUGACCGGCGCCACGGAGAUCCCCGCGACGGCUGCGGAGACGGCCGAGCUGCGCAAGCUGGACCAGAUGGCCGCCAAGUCCAAGGCCGAUCGGGUUCGGAUAGCGGCCAUGCGGCAGGCGAAGAAGGACCAGGAGCGCAUGCUGCAGGAGGCCAGAGAACAGGUGGAGCGGUUGAAGCAGCUCUAAACCAGAAGUUGUUUUUUUUCCUCUCUCUUUUUGUCUCUCUUCCCUUUUGCGCUUUCGUCUCUCCACCUCCUCCUUUUGUCUUUUGUGUGUGUGUGUGUGGCUUACACCACCCAUCUUUAUCUUUUGUUGUCCAUGGGGUGUCAUAACUUUCCAGCUGCUUUCAAGAUGGGGUUACAAUUUUGGUUUGUGGGGUUCACGACUUGGUCAUGGUCACGUGUAGCAUACUAGCAUUUUCCCUGUUUCAUAUUUCCUAUACUCUUGUUCGAUUAUGUGGUUCGUGUCGAGAAUAUUACAUCCCUACUAGGGGGGUUUGUACUUCUACG